UAUUCUACAAUCACAAUCAAUAAUUCGAUCGAACAGUCGUAUUCCUACAUGUAAAUAUGAACUAACAAUUUUGUUCACGAAGUUCAAUUCGCAAAAUGCGUUUAAUUAACACCCAGUUUACUUUUGUAUUAAUUAUUCUGUUUGUUUUGAACAUAUGCAACGUCACAUCAAGGAAUUCAAAAUAUUCAAUAUUCUUAAAAAGAUUUAGCCAUAUUCAGCCAAGUAAAUUAUUUAAAAGAGAUUGCGAGAAUGAAAUAAAAGAUUCCAAGUUGGUGCCACGACAACCCAAUAUAGGAGAUGACCCCAGCAGCAAAGAGUGUAUGCUAUAUUGUGGCUUUACAAGAAUUGGAAUGAUACAUUAUCCUGGAGUGCUGAACGAGGUUUUUCUGAAUAAAAAAAUAGGUCCUGAUCAAGAAAAGGCUUUAAAAAAAAUUCAUGAAUGCACGAGUGUUAUUCAAUUGGAUAAUCGAUAUUUUUGCUUGCGAGCAAUGAAAAAGAUAGAAUGCGCUUUCGAACAUAUUGGUAUUACGGAAACGAUUAAAAACGAGGUGCAGUUCAUAAUGGAGUACCCUUAAACUGGAAUGACGAUCCUGCAAGUAAGUAUAGUACAUACUUUAUUUUUUUAUACUUAUGUGAAUAGAUUUUUCAGGAACGAUUUUAUUUUUUAAGGAUUAAAACAUGUAUCUAUACAGGUUUAUGUACUGAAACAUUAAAGUUUUUUUUUAUUGAAGUAAAAAAUGAUCACUUUCA